UAUCUACCGACUUAUAAAGUCCACAUUCAAUUGCCUCCGUGUUACGUUCAAUACGCGUUUAUAUAAAACUCUAUCCUUUCUAUAAAUAGAUUCUCUAUUUCUUGAUUUGUUCUAAUAUCCACAACAUAUCUAUUUCUUCAUACUUCAUAUUGGGCACAGAUUUUCUUGGAGUUUUCUGCUUCUUACUGAAAAGUAUAUCUCGGAGAAAUUGAAGGCACGUUGUGCGGACAAUUUUGGAUAGGAAGGGGAAACAGGUGUUGUUGCUAGGGGAGAAGAAAAAAAGAUGGAAAAGGAAGAACUUCAAUCCAAAGUCGAGAAAGAGAUAGAAAAGUCCGAUGAUUUGAAGGAGAAAGAAAAGAAAGACAAAAAGGAUAAAGAAAAACAUAAGGAGAGCAAGGAGGUGUCAGAGGAUGAGAAAGAAGGUGAAACAAAAAAUGUAAAAGCGGAGGAGGAUAAAGAGAAGAAACACGAGAAGGUAAAAAAAGAUAAAGAAAAGAAACACAAGAGCAAAGAGGAAUCGGAGAAAGAAAAGGAUGAUGAAAAUGGGAAGAAGGAUAAAGAUAAGAAAGACAAGAGCAAGCAGGAGUCGGAAGAAGAAGACAACAGAGAAAUAAAGGAAGAGAAGGAUGACGAAAAAGGGGAGAAGAAGGAUAAAGAGAAGAAACUCAAGAAGGGUAAGAAAGAGAAGAUCAAAGAGGAGUCGGAGGAAGAAAUAGAGGAAGAAGAAGGGGAGAAGAAACUCAAGAAGGUUAAGAAAGUGAAAAAGGAAAAAGAGAAAAUCCAAGAGGAAUCAGAGGAAGAAAAGGAUGAUGUGAAAGGGGAGAAGAAAGAGAAGAAAGACAAGAAGGAAAAGAAAGAGAAAAACAAGAGCAAAGAGGAGUCGGAAGAAGAAACUGAGGAAGGGAAGAAACACAAGAAGGAUAAAAAUAAGAAAAAGGAUAAAGAGAAGAAAGACAAGAAAGAAGAGGUGUCGGAUGAAGAAAACGAGAGCCAAGCAGAGGAAGAAGAGAAUGAUGAAAAAGGUGUGAAGAAGGAUAAAGAGGAGAAAAACAAGAAGGAAAAGAAAGGGCAAAAGGAUAAAGGAAAGAAAGAGAAGAGCAAAGAGGAAUCGGAGGAAGAAGAUAAGGAAGACAGGGAGGAAGAGAAAGAUGAUAAAAAAGAAGAGAAGAAGGGUAAAGAGAAGAAACCCAAGAAGGAAAAGAAAGAGAAAAAGGAUAAACAAGACAAAGAGAAGUCGGAUGAAGAAACAGAGGAAAAGAAGGAUGAUGGAAAAGGGAAGAAAAAGGAUAAAGAAAAGAAAAACAAGAGCAAAGAGGUGCCAAAGGAAGAAGAUAAGGAAGAGAAAGAUUUUAAAGAAGGGAAGAAGAAGGAUAAAGAGAAGAAAAACAAGAAGGAUAAAGAAAAGAAAGUUAAGAGCAAAGAAGAAUCAGAUGAUGAAGAUAAGCAAGACAAGGUGAAUGAUGAGGCUGUAGUCACCACAAGAGAGAUAAAAAUUGAGGAAGCCAAGAAAGCAUCCGAUGGUGAAGCAGAAGAUAAAAGUAAAAAGAAGGAGAAGGGAAAGGAAGGUAAAGAUGAGAAACAAAAGGAUUCAAAAAAGGAUAAAGCUGAGAAGAAGAAAAAACUCGAGGACAAGUAUAAAAGCAACGAUCUUGGUAAGUUGAAAUCCAAGUUGGAGAAGAUCAAUGCCAAACUGGAAGCUCUUCAGCAGAAAAAAGCGGACAUCCUGAAGACAAUAAAAGAAACAGAGGAUAAGAACUCAGCAGUGGUUGAGAGUCCCAAAGUUGCAGAGCCGAAGGCAAAAGACGAAGUAGUGGCUGAACAGUGAGUAGUUUAUUUUCAUAAUAUUGUUACGUACAUUUGUACUGCGUUUAUGUAUCCUUUUCCUUCCACUGUCAUGUAGAGGUGUAUUAUCUUUGUCUCGAAUAAGUUAAAGUGCAGAUGAUAUUUACGUUAAGUUUCUUAAUUUUGACA